AUGUUCGACGUUCUCACUGUAUACAUACAUCCCACGCCAUCUCAUAACGAAUCAAUCUCGCAGCCAUGUAUCGACGCGACCCAACAAAGGCGACUCCCGCUAAUGUCCAAUGCCAAAAAUGUCUUAAGAAAGGUCACUACUCUUAUGAAUGCAAGGCUUCAACACAAGAGAGGCCUUAUGUCUCCAGGCCCUCACGCACCCAGCAACUCCUCAACCCCAAGCUUGCCCCCAAACUGGCUAGCGAUGUUCAAGACGCUCUAGCGAAGCAAAAGGGCGUAGCCGAUGAGGAGCUCGCUAAGCGAGAGGCUGAGAGGGCCAGGAAGCGAGAGCUGGAGGACAAUGACUCAGAGGGAGGGUCUCCUAAGCGAAAGAGGUCGGUUUCGUACGACUCCGUAUCCUCUAUCUCUACGAGAGGAUCGCUUUCACCACCUCGAGCCCAGCAAGCUUCUACUGUGGUACCAGACUUCCUUAUAGAAGCAUCAAACCGGCCACCACCACCACCACCAGCAGGCCGAGCCCCUCGAGAGCGGUCAUAUAGCUCGGAUAGCGAUUCACAGCGACGCUAUUCGCCAAAUCCUCCCAGACGAGCCAGGAAUGAUAGCCGGUCUGAUAGACCGAGUCGAAAGCCGCUCUCGCCAACGCGGGGUGGCAGCCCUGCAACGGGAGACGAAGGCCCAUCCAGUCGGCGUAGAGGAUAUUCUCCAGAGUCUGAUGUGUCACCCCCGCCUCCACGUGAACGACGACGGUACCGUUCAAGGUCUCCAGAACCAUCAAGAAAUCGUGACAGGAGCCCGCCACGACACUCGGACAAGCGAGGCAGUCGAGAUCCCGUGCCUUCUCGUGGAGGUGGUCAAAGACGGGGAGGGGCCCCGCCAAGGCGAGAACGGGAGCAACGUGAUAGGAGUUUGAGCCCUUUCUCCAAGAGAUUAGCUCUGACACAGGCAAUGAACACGAGUCGUUGAAACUUGGGUAUCAUAGUCUUUAAUUUAGUCUUUAAUUCGGCUCAGAUCAACCAUUUCUAGUGAAGUCUACCUACUUGUAGACUAGACUACUUGUAUGGUAGUACCUGAAUA